AUGGCGCCCUCCGGCACCGUCGCCGAUCCUCCGCCAUCUUCAGCCACCGAUUCAUUCAAUUCCGGCGCAACAGCAGAGAAUGAUAUUCGGCCAUUUUUUGUUCUCCACAAGGCUUCGUCUGGGAAUCUCCAAGCGAAAUCAACCGGGACGGUAAAAAGCAAACGGAGGAUCGAAUCACCUUCACCUUCAAAAUUUGCUAAGAAAUCUGAGCCCGAAAGCGUGGAAGAGGAAGAUAACGAUUAUUUCUCAACGCUACGCUUGAAAGUUUUCGACACUGUUUGGUCGAAGAUCGAGAAGACAAUCGAAAAUGUUCUAAGAGACUCGAACUCCAAAGUAUUCAGUGGGAUUCAUGAUUGGAUACGGGAAUCAUUUGAAUCGAUCAGAUCAUCUGGAGCUUUGAGCUUAUCGGAAGCAGUUCGAUCUUAUCCUGUUUUAACUCAGGCUUCUUCCAAGCAAUUGUUUACUGCUUUAGUCCUCACCAGAAAUUUGGAAAUGGUUGAUGAUUUAUUGACAUUCGAAGAACUGCAUUUGCGCUUGAAGUCUCAAGGAUGCCACGUGGCUAAGCUUUCGUCCAUGGACUUCUCAGCGAAGAAUGGUGUAGGAGGUUGCCUUAGAGGUCUGUUACGCCAGUUUGUGAUGCCAACAAUAGAUGUGGCUGAUGUCACCAUCCUCGCAUCAUGGUACAGAGAAAACAAAAACCAUGAGAAUCCCGUGGUUAUAAUUGUGGAUGAUACAGAGAGAUGCUGUGGCUCUGUCCUGUCUGAUUUAAUUCUUAUAUUGAGUGAAUGGGCAAUCAAAGUUCCAAUUUUUAUAAUAAUGGGGGUGUCCACGGCACAUGAUGCGCCCAGAAAGAUACUAUCAAUGAACGCGCUGCAGAGACUUUGUGCUAGUAAGUUCACUCUGAGUUCUCCGGCCGAACGGAUGGAUGCAGUUCUUGAGGCUGUUUUCUUAAAGCCGUGUUCUGGGUUCACUGUUAGCCAUAAGGUGGCGCUUUUUAUGAGAAGUUACUUUUUGUGUCAAGAUGGAACAUUGACGUCGUUUGUUAGAACUCUCAAGAUAGCUUGUCUUCAGCAUUUCUCAUUAGAGCCUUUAAGCAUCAUGCUUGAGCACUUUUGUCAAGAUGAUAGUAAUCAGCUGUCAGAUGAAGGUACUGGACUGUUAACAGAGGCAACAAUGAAGCAUGCCUUUGACUUGCCAUCUGUGACGAGGAACAAAAUUACUCGGAGUACUUAUGAAAUGCUGCCCCAAUUUCUGUUGGACUUGCAAAGGAUGCCAAAUCCUUGGAGCAUAGUAGUUUUGUGCAUAUAUGAAGCUGGAAAGUUUGAUAAACUUCGUUUGCUGGACAUAUUCUGUGAGACACUUGACCCAGAAGCACGUUACUUGAAAUACUUUUCACCUUCAGCAACUGUCAACAGUCAGAGUCACAUUUCAGGACGUAAUAGUGUUAUAAGACAGCUUCUUCGCAAGCUUAGGGAUCUUUCACCUUCACAGUUGUCUAGCUUGUUGAAAAGUUGGGAAAAGCUCACUGCGGAGUUUAGUGAGAUCAAUGACAAAGUAAUGGAAUUGCAUCCGUUCAUGAGAUCCGUGGAGGCAGCUGGUCAGAGACAAGGACUUCCCAGCAGCCCAAAAAAGCAUGCAUCCCGGAGCCAUUCAAAGCUUGAAAAGGAGCUUAAAGCCAUGACUGAUAAGGUCGCCGCAGUCAUUGAAUUCAUGCUAAGGGAAUAUAUGAAGCCAGUUGAGAGUGUUCCUUUCAAUGAAAUUUUAUGUUUCAAGAAUGUCGAUAAACUUCAAUCUGCUUUACUUGGAGACCCGAGAGGCAGGAUCCAAUCAGAUCUACUGGAAUCUCACAGUAUCCUCCACUGUAUGUGCUGCAGUCAGAGAGGCACAACAACAUUAUUGCCUUCCAUGCAUGAUACAUCGAUUUUGUACACGCUGGCGCAAGAGCACGCUGAUGUUAUUAACCUCCAUGACUGGUAUCAAUCUUUUAAGACGAUACUUGUUCCCCGAAGCAGCAAAGCCAAACCAAAAUCAAAGACAGCUUCAAAAUCAAAGAAACGGAAGGAUAGAUGCGAAGAACCACCGGAACCACCUGCUGAAGCUUUAGUUCAAGCUCGAUUUUGCAGAGCUGUAAUGGAGCUUCAGAUAGCAGGACUUAUUCGCAUGCCUUCAAAAAGACGUCCAGAUUUUGUGCAAAGAGUGGCCUUUGGUUCCUAA